CUCAGUAUUAUUCUAUUAUUCAAACUUCCGGGUGAUGGCUAAUCCGUCGCAGGAGAAACUCAUCCAUUCCGAGGACUGUCUGAACGUAUAUCUGACGAAACAGACCACUUCGGUCAUCGGGUUGCGUUGGGACUUUACCGGUCUGUUGGGUGAACCGUUCGACUUAUUCAAGGUGGAAAAGUGUUACAGUUGUCGACGCAACCGUUGGGAUGUGGUUCACUGGAGCAAGGAACGGUCGGUGGUGGUUCGUAACCUCGAACAGAAUCUGUGCUAUUCGUUUCGCAUCAACGUGCUUAGACAGGACGAGGAAGACGGUAGAUUCACAUAUCUUCGGCGUUCGAAAAUAUUCAAAUCAUUCACUCUACCGGAUGUCCCUUCAGCAGUGGCCGUGUUCAGGGCAGUGAAAAAGAAUCAGUUGGCUCUUACGCGAAGGUUUCUCAGUGCCAAACCGGAGCUGGUAAACGUUCCCGUCAAUGGCGAAACGCUUCUGUACCAGGCAGUGAGAAAUAAUAGUUUGGAAGUCGUUGAUCUUCUGCUGGAGCUGGGGGCCAACAUUCACCUUGGGAUACCGGUCAUUGGGGAAACACCCCUUCAAUUGGCAAUCUAUAACAGAAAUAUUAAAAUGGCACGGCAUUUGAUAGAGCACGGAGCUGAUUUGAAUAUGACAAAUUGUAUUGGAAUGACAGCCGGCCACUACGCGGUGGAUUCCAACGAUCUACAAACGGUCAAGUUCGUUCUGGCUCACGGUUGCAGCUCGGAAACACGUGAUCGAUGCAGUUGGUCGUUGAUUUUCCGGGCCAUCUUUUUGCGAGUUGGUACCGAGAUAAUCAAGCACUUGAUCGAGAAGAAGUGCCGGUUGAAAAUUCGUGACCGAAACCGAUUGAUGCCAUUGGAUUACGGGCGGUUGUCCGGUCAGGAGGAGGUCAUCAAAAUGAUUAAACGUAGACUUAAGAUCUAGGU